AUGAGUUCUCAGCGAGAGGAACACUCACCCAGACUGGAGGCUGUGAUUCAGAAGUUGGAGGAGUCUCUGCUUCACUCUGACGGCAGCUCAGGAGAGAGGACUCUGACACUUCGAGGUGAUGGACAUGAGUCCGGCGUCACGCCUACGCCUGUCUCAGCACGCAUCCGUCAGAUCGUCACCAGUAACCUGGCAGAGCAGCCAGCUGGUGAGAGCUCUGAGGUCAGCGAGCUGGAGGAGAGCAGGGCCCCGAGGGAGCAGCUUUCUCCGAGCCAGAUGGACCGUGUCCAGCCGCGAGUCAAACAGGCCACUCUCGCAGACAGGCUGGAUCAGAUGCUGAUGCUGCAGUCAGCAGUGGACUCCGACCAGGACAGCAUCCCACCAGGAGGGCUGAACAAUGAGAGAGCUUACAGGCAAAAACUGCAGGCCUUCCAGGAGGCCCAGCAGAGACAAGCACAACUUGUUCAGAAGCUUCAAACCAAGGUUCUUCAGUACAAGAAGCGAUGUGGGGAGCUAGAAGAGAAGGUGCUGGAGAAAACCUCCGAGUCUGAGAAGAUGAGACUGUUGCUGCAGGCCCACCUGGACUCAGUGCAGCGUCAGCAGCGCACAGAGCAGGAUCUCAACAUGGCGAUCCAGAAUAAGUCUGCUCAGCUGGAGGAGGAGCAGAGGAGGUGUGCCAGUCUCAGCCAAGUCAACUCUCUGCUGCGUGAACAACUGGAGCAGGCAGGCACCGUCAACCAGGGGCUGACAGAGAGCCUGUGGAAAGCUCGCGAAGACGUUGACUUGUGUGAUACCCGUCUGCGCAGAGAGCAAGAGACGUGCGCCUCCCGGCUGAGUCGUGAACAGGCUCGUGUCAGAGCUCUGUGGCGCCAGGCUGCUUCCCUGCGGAGCACUUUCACCCAGCUAAGGACUUUCACUGACAGGACGCUGUCUGAUAUGCGCGGCGAGUGUGUCGCUGCCAGCCGGCAGCUGCAUGUUGCCUGCAUGAACUUUGAGGCCAGAGUGACGCAGGAGAGCACCUCCAGCGGUGUGGGGAUGUCCGCACUGGAGAGGCAGCUGAAGGAAAGGCUGAAAGAGGCCAUGCAGCUUCAGGGUCGCUGGGAUGCAGAGAAAAUUGAGCUUAACUCCAGGAUCCUGCAGCUGACCGACACGGUGAACCACCUCCGCAGCCAGAACAGCGAGAAGGAUUCCAGCCUCAACACCAUGCAGAUCAGUCUGGACAGGAUGGAGACGAGGAGAACAGAGGACAAAGCAGAGAUGGAGGUCCUCCACUCAGAGAUCCGAGCUCUCCAGAAGGUUUUAUGUCACGUUCACCAGCUGGUUGGCGGUGAGGCGGCUGGAUCUGAGAGUGUGUCCUCCUCACCUCUUCAUGUCCGCUCUCCUCUGAGGAACACGACCCUGAUGGCCGUGCAGAGCGCUCUCUCCAAACACCACAAACAAACACAGGACCUGCGUGGGCGUCUGGACGCUGCGCUGGAGCAGGUGGAAACACUGCGCGAUCACCUGCAGCAGAGGGACGCUGAGCGGAGAGAGCUGGAGCAGAAGAUCCAGGAAGGAAGGAGGGACAGUCAGGAGGAUAAAAAGGCUCUGGAGGAAAGCCUCCGAGACGGCAGCAGAUGCCGCUGCUCACUGGAGCUCCUCUCCAGUGAGAGGAGCCGCCUGGAGAAGCUGCUGUCAGGGCUGCAGCAGGAGGUGGACUCCCAGCGCGCCGAGCUGGAGGUACAGCGAGGCUCAUCACUGGAGCUCCAGAGACAGCGGGACCUCCUGAGGCAGCAGAGGGAGGAUCUGGAGAUGCAGCUGGCACGCCAGCGCACGGAGGCCCAGAGAGGCGUGAGGAGUCUGGAGGAGCUUGAAGGGAAGCACUCAGAUCUGCGCAGGGAGCUUGUGACAGUGAAGGAGGCUCUGAGUCAGGUCACCCUGCAGAAGGAGGUGCUGGAGGACGAUAAAGCCAGCCUCGCUCUGGCUCUCAGCAAGAUGGAGUCCCAGAAUGCUGCACACGAGUUAGCCUUCACCAAACUGCAGAAUCAGGAGGCCGCACUGAAAGAUUCUCUCUCCAAAAUGGCCGCCCUAAGCGAAGGCUUAGCCAAAGAUAAAGUGGAGCUCAAUCGUGUCCUGCUGCAGACAGAGGGUGAGAAGAUGGAGCUCGGUGAACGUAGACGGGAAGCUGAAAUGGAGCGGGCAGCAGCCAGAGAGGAGACAGCGCGGGUGCAACAGGACAUGAUGGAUCUGCUCACUGAGAAACAGGCCCUGGAGAGCUCCCACAGCCACUUUCAGGACCUCUGCCAGAAGUUGGAGGUGGAGCUGAGCCUGCAGGAGAAGGAGAGCGCUCAGGUCCUGGAGCGGCACUCCCAGGUCAACAGGCAGAUGCAGGCUGUGUCAGAGGAGCUGUGUGCGUGCAGGAAGGAGCUGGAGACUCAGACCACAUCCCUAAAGAGAGCUACCCAUGACAGGGAGGAGCUGGCCAAGGACAGGGCUGCUCUGGAUGUCAAGCUAAACUCCGCCGAGCGAAAGGCCUGUGGUCUCACGCAGGAGCUGGUUGCACUUAGAGCGGAGAAGGAGUCCCUGGAGACGGCUCUGUACGAGAGCCAGGAGCUUGCCUCGUCUCUGGAGGCCGAGCGCACCAGGAUGGAGGGGGAGAGGCGCAGCUUGCUGCUGGCUAACGAGGCCUUGACGCGGGAUGCUGCUCGGAUGCGUGUGGAUGCUGAAUGCCAGUUUGCACAAGCUGCACAAGAGCGGAGUAAGCUGGAGGAGAAGCUGGCCCAGGUGGAGAGGAGUGCCCUGCUGACCCUGAACAGCAAAGAGCAGAUUCACAGAGAGCAGCUUGAAGCUGAGCGCAGACAAAAGGAGCAACAGUGUGCGGAGCUGACAGUUCAGCGGGAGCAGGCCGAGGAGCAGCUGCGUAGACAGUGUGAGGAGCGGCGUGCGCACAGCCAGAAGGAGCUGCAGCAGGUGCAGGAGGAGCUGGCCAGGCUGCAGCAGGACUACAACCAAAGCCUCCUGCAGGCUGAGAGUGAGAAGCAGCAGGCUUUGUCCCAGAAGGAGGCAGAGAAGGCUGCCCUCAUGGAGAAGCUCGCCGCCCUGCAGCAGGAGCUGACCACAGCAGGCAUGGAGCUCGAAUGCAUGCAGAGGGAGGCGCUCAGCAAACAGGAGCAGGAGAAGAAUGCAACAGUUGUCCUUCAGUCUGAGCUGCAGGACUUGCGGACUCAGUUUGAGGAGUCCUUGAACUCCCAUGAGAACCUCAAGAAGAGUCUGAUCGAGCAGGUCAAAGAGCUGAACCAACAGAGAGAACAAGCACAACAAGAGUCAGAGGGCCUUCGGCGGCGGCUGCAGGAGGCAGAAGAUGGACUUAUUAAAGAGCGAACGGAGCUGAUUGAGGCCCACAGAGAGACCCAGGAGUGUGCAGAGGAGCGAGACAAGCAACGAAAAGAAGCUCUGGACCUGAGAAGACUUUUAGGUGAUGAGACCAGAGAGAAAGAGGCCAUCCAAGCCUCGAACCAGGAGCUCAGAGCUUUUAUCAAGAGAGCAGAGAGUGACAACAGCAGUUUGAGAAGAGCCGUUGAGGAGCGUGAGCAGAAAGUGGCCGUUUUAGAGGAAUGUAAGAGCUCGAUGCACCAAGAGGCAGCCGCUCUACGCAGCAGCAUGAGAGAGCUGGAGAAGUGUCGCCUGCAGGCACGCAGAGAUCUGCAGGAGCUGCGCAGACAGGUAAAGGUCCUCGAAGGCGAGAACAGCCGGCAGAAAGAGGAGCUGCGAGAGCUGCAGGCCCGGGUGUGUCAGGAGGAGCAGAAGGAGGAGGAGGCUCGUCGCGAGGCGUUCACUCUGAAGCAGAGAGUGCUGGAGUGCGAUGCUGGAAGAGAAGCAGCGCUGAAUGAGGUUUCAGGUCUGCAGCGCCGUGUGGUAGAACUGGAGAAAUCAGAGCAUCAGAACCGAGACCUGCUUCAGGACAGAGAGGCUCAUCAGCAGCAGUGUGACCAGCGGCACAGAGAAACUGUCGCCCAGCUGGAGGAAGCGCUAGAAGACGCCGGGAUCCAGGUGAAGAAACUCUCUGUGCAGGUCGGUCUAGCUGAAAGCAAAGUCCGGGGUCUGGAGGAGCAGCUGGGCCUGGGCGAUACCAAACGCAGAGACCUGGAGCUCAAGUUUGCGGGGUUGUGUUCAGCUGUGCGCCGCACUGUUGGCUCCACCCAUUCAUGGCCGUCAGGCACACCUGGGUCCCGCAGACGGUCUCCGUCUCCCUGGAGAAACCACCUGCAAGUUAAAGAUGCUGAGACAGAUGGAUAUGUUUUGUUCUUGUCUCGUGGUGAAGAUGAAGAUCUGGACGUGGACUCGGUGCAUACUGCUCUGCGGGAAUUCCAGCAGGAAUUCAGGGACACGCAAAGAGACAGGGAUGAAGCCAAGGCUCAGAUAGUUGGUCUAAGUCAGCAGGUGACGGAGCUCCAAGGCAGCCAGGAUAAGUCAGCCACUCAACUGCAACAACUACAAAAGUCCUUGAAGCAGUCGGAGCAGGGAAAAAGAGAGAUGACGGAGCGAAUGCAUGAGGCACACGCAUCGCUUUCUUUGCAGGAGGAAGUAGUGCGUCGGACAGAGAGGGAGAAAAGAAACCUUGAGGAGGAAAUAGCUCAAUGCAGGACGAGCCUGCAAGCGGCUGAGACUGAAUCCAGGGCUCUGCAAGAAAAGUUGGAGCUCUUGCAAAGCUCAGAAUCUCGUGCAAAUGUCGAACAGCAGAAGCUGAAGGAGUCUCUGCAGGCAGCGGAGAGCAGGGUGAGCCGUCUGGAGCUCUCCCAGCGCACCCUCGAAGGUGAGCUGCAGAGGGCCCAGCUGAGGGCAGCAGAGCUGGAUGCAGAGGCGGGGGCGCUGCAGGAAAGACUGACGGAGCUGCGGAGGAAGCUGGGUGAGAGCGAGGACCGGUGUGCAGCGCUCAGGAUCAGUGAGGAGAGGCUGGCCACGUCACUGGCUCGAGCUGAGCAGCACGAGAGCCAGCUGAGAGAACAGAUCCACAAAUUGUCCAACACACUCAGUGACAACAGGAGCAGCAGCGGAGCCCUGCAGGAGCAGAUCACACAGCUGCAGAGGGCUCUGACUGCCAGUGAGCAGGACCGAAGGCUGCUGCAGGAACGUCUGGAUAAAACACGGGAUGCCCUUUCAGAGAGAAAGAGGGUGAACCACACACUAACAGAGCAGACCCAGAACCUUCAGAGAGCCCAAGAGGAGUUAGAGCUUCAAAUUUCUGAGCUGGAGAAACAUAACAGGACACUGAAGGAGAGCUUGAAGCGGCAGCAGGAAGCUGAACUGGAGGUGCAGGGGAGCUCCCAGCAGCUGCAGCGAGAGAAGGAGGAGCUCCAGGAGAAGGUCACCGAUCUUCAGAGCUCUCUGCAAAAACUACAGAGUGAGAGAGCAGAGAUGGAGAGAGCGCUGACAAGACUCAGUAAAGACAAGUCAGCACUCAGGAAGACACUAGAGAGGGUGGAGAUGGAGAGGCUGAGGAGGGAGGAGGAGGCGGCGUCGGCAGCCAGAGAGAAGGAGCAGUUGGGACAGACAGUCCGCAGCCUGGAGCAGGAGCUGGCUGCAAAGCAGGACGAGCUGCAGACUGUGCAGGCCCAGAGCUCCCAGUUGGAACACUCUCAUGCACAGCGCCUCCUGGAGGUGACAGCCCGCCAUCACCAGGAGCUGGAUUUGGAGACGGAUCGUCUGAGAGACAGCCAGCUCCAAGCAGAGCGAGCCUUGGAGAGCAGAGAGAAGGCCCAUCGCCAGAGGGUCAGAUGUCUGGAGGAGCAGGUGUUGACUCUGAAAGAGCAGCUGGAUCAGGAGACAAGAAGACGACAGGCCUAUUUCAAUCAGAUGCUUCAGCCGGGUGUGUAAGCAGAGACCCUGCAGUGAAGUAUGUAGCACCUCUGGCUUCCUCAUUCACUGUUCCUCUGGCAGCUUCCCAACAACAUUAUGUUACAAGCUACGUCCACAUUUGGAAGCACACACAAACACACUCCUAAGGCGUUUGCUCCCACCCAUGCACAUGUGCACACCGGAUUACAUUAAUCUGCAGGAAAACUCAACAACAACAAACAAUGAGUGUUUUGUUUAUAAGUGGACUGGACGUGCCAAAUUGUUUUAAGGAUUUCCUCUGGCUCGCUGCAGUUGGCGUUGCUAAGU